AUGGAAAUUCUUCACAAGCUUCAAGUCAAUACCAACAAUACUAGAGGAUCAUGGGAUGAUUGUCAAUUGGAAUGCAGCAAUUUCUCUGGUUGUUUAGAUUGUGAGACGCCGUGUGCCAACUUCAUUGAUCAUAAACCGGAGCUUUCUGCGGAUGCACCUAUGCCAGGUCAGAUAACCUUACAGUGGACAACAGAUUCUGAAAACAACAGUUCUGUAUACAUUCUUGAAAAGAGCCCAUUUGAUGACUCCACAGUAUGGCAUCUCGUACUAAUGAUCAAGGAGAUAUCGUACACCCUAACACAAGAUUAUAUAUGUGGGGAUACAUAUAGUGUGGUGGAAGUCAGUCUGCAUGGAGUGAGCAGUUAUAGUAAUAGUUUUACUCCUUCAAGGACUCAAAUACUACCAUCUGUGGAAAGGUUUACAUUGGUACACAAUGUUGAUCAUAAUGAAGAUAAUGCAACCAUCACUUUUUCUUGGCAAGAUCCACCAGGUUGGGAGGAUGCUAUUACAUCUUAUACUGCAUUAUUUAGUUUCAACAAAGGGUUAUCAGGCUCUUCACACCAUCACCAUGAUUAUGAGAUUAAGGUAAAUGUAACCAGUGUAUCUCUCACUGUUCCCAUCAACAGUACGGAGGAUAAUCUAACAUUUCAGCUCUAUGGAACUCAUGGCUGUCUAGAAACAAUAAAAACCACCCAUUUUUUAAAGAAUGUCCUCAAAAGAAAAGAGCUCCGUGUAGUGAAGAAGCGAUUGUCAGCCAUCAAUGUUACAGAAGUAGCCAGCUUGUCUUCUGAUGGGUUUUUUCAUGCUGAUAUCAAAUGGUCAUCCCUUCCAGACUUUCAUCAUGGUCUAAAAUACUAUUAUCUUUACUAUGGAGAAAUUGAAAAGUUGGGGUCUUUCUUAUUCUACCUUCAAAACACCAAGAAAACUGUGAAAAUACUAGCCAAUGCAACAGUGUUUAGAAUGACAGACCUCAAACCAGAAACAGAGUAUGGCCUUGAGAUAAUUGGUUAUUAUUAUACCUACGAGGAUGAACAUGAUGCUCGAUCUAUCGGUAGUCAUCCUAACAUUCGAUUCACUACAGGUGUUUUGCCGACAAUGUCUUCUACAAGAGUGCAUAACACAGAGGGGUCUUACGUUGUGACCAUACCAUAUCCCCCAACAAGACUUCCCUUUCAUAAACUAAGCCUGUACAUCGUUGGACCGCUAGCCCUGGUCCUUAUUGUGGUUUUCCUGAUCUGCUGUGGGACCUGUGCAUACCGGAGACAGAGGAGUAUAUCCAAGGCUAAUCUAUCACGAGAUGAAGAGAGUAUACCUAAUAUAUACUCCUCACCUUCAUACCCGGCUUUACUUAGCACGUCUCAAGUCAAACCUGAUGUGAUGGACCGCUGGGAGAUCAGCCCUGCACGUAUCAAAGUAGGAGAUGUUCUGGGUGAGGGUGCCUUUGGUCAGGUGUUGAAGGGCCUGGUGGUCGGGCGUAUCUGGAGUCACCAAUCAUCCCUAUCUGCUAUCGUACCAAGGGAAGCAACCCACGGCGAACAUACUGUGGUUGCUGUCAAGAUGUUACAUAAGUUUGCAGAAGACACCCAAAAGCAGGAGUUCUUACGCGAGAUAGAGCUAAUGAAGGAGCUAGGCUACCACCCUAAUGUAGUGAGUCUCUUGGGAUGUUGUACUAUCCAGGAUCCUAUAUGUCUCCUGGUGGAGCACUGCUAUUAUGGAGACCUAUUACAUUUCCUCAGGAAUAGACGUCCACAGAUGUUUGACCAAUUUAAGACGGGUAGAGCUCCUCGUACUCCUUGUAAAGACACACUCAGGCCUCUGGAUUUGCUUUCAUUUGCCAGACAGAUUGCUAUGGGAAUGGAAUAUAUAUCUCAGAAAGGUUUCGUUCAUCGUGAUCUGGCUGCUAGAAAUGUGAUGGUAGCAGAUGAUAAAAACGUCAAGAUUGGUGAUUUUGGUCUAACACGGUAUGUUUACGAUGACAAGGUCUACGUCAAUCGUCGAGGAGGGAAGCUUCCUGUAAAGUGGAUGUCACUAGAGGCUAUCUAUGAUCAGAUCUUUACUACAAAGGGAGAUGUAUGGUCCUAUGGAGUUGUGUUGUUUGAGAUUGUGACACUUGGUGCUGCACCAUAUCCAGGCAUCUCAAAUAAAGACAUGCCAAAACUUCUGAAAGGAGGCUACCGCAUGGAGAAACCUGAAAACUGCUCUCCACAAAUAUUCAGUCUAAUGGAGGCGACUUGGUGCGAUGACCCUGAACUCAGGCCAGGUUUCACAGAGCUUCGCAAUAAACUUGAAGAAAUGAUGGAAGAAAAUGUCUGUUAUAUGGAGUUUGAUGCUGAGAAACAGCAAUGCUACUGCUAUGAAGAUUCAAGCUCUGAUGAUGAUAGCGAGGAUUUAAACGUAGAAGAGAGCCCAAUGUUGGAAGCAGCCAAUGAGGAUACGGUACAAGAUAGCCUCUUAGCCACGCCCAUGCUGAAGAUCCCAACAGGAGUGGCACUACAGAGCCGAAGCACCCAGAAUCUUAGUUUGGUUAGUCCAUGCAAACGUAUGAUGCCUGUGAGUUUGAGUCUGACCAGUCUGAAUCACCAGAAACAAAUUCCACCAUCCUGGAUCCCACAGGACUUCUUUCCAUUCGGACGCAGUGUGGACAAUAGAGCUUAUUAUGCAGGACACCCCAAGACUGAUGAUCAGAUUACCCAUAGUGCCAUUCAAAUACAGGAAACACAACAUGAUACAAAUCCCUACUCAGGAAUCACUGGAUCAUUAGAAAACAUGCACAAUAAUAGAGAGAAUCCAAUUUUGGCAGAGCUUAAUUUAGAAUGCCCUCAUCCUGGUGGCUUUCGACUAUUCAACAAUGAAUCAAACAAAGACAAGAGCAGUGAAAGUGUGGAAAGUAGCAAUGACUCCUGCCUGUGCAUAUCUGAUGAAGAGCGCCAUGAUAUGAUUAAAGAAUUCAACCGCAGCGACACCUUUGAUACAUCAGACCUUUCCCUUGAUGCUGACAAGUAUCCAUCUCUGAUAGCUCUCAAACGAUUCGCUGAGGGCAAAGUACUCAUUAGCCCAACUAGUUUGGAUUCUGGGGUAUCAUGUGACAUGACAACCGGGAGAUUACUUCUUGAAGGUUGUAGAGAGACAGUUUUGUGCUCAGAUGAAGAUUUAUCAGAAUAAUUUGAAACAAACAACUAUCUUACAUUCAAUUUCCAUCAUAUCUCUCAGUGCAGUCAUACAUUAGUUCAUGGUGUAAGAGCACAACUUGAGUAUUAAUAUAUGUGCUAAAUCUAACACUGUUACAUGUCUUGACUCAUUUGGUACAUAUCAAGAUAUCAUGUACAUGAAUGUGUUUAUUGAUAAAUGAAAUUAUAUAUUUGAAUAAUCUGAUGUAGAAACAAACACAAUAUUCAUACGGCAGCUGAUAGUUGGAGUGAAAAGUAUAGGAUAUAUUUUUUUCACUUGAAAGUGCAAUAUUAACUUGUAUUCCAUGAUAAGUGUAAUGUGUAAUGUAAUGAUUUCAUUCAUUACGUAAGCAAUCAACUCAAAGAUUAUCUAAUCGUAUAAAGGAAAGUAGGAGUUACUGUAGCGUAUCUAGGAGACAAAGUGGUAUGUUCCCCAGCCACCACUCCUGGAGGAGGUGAUUAAAAGCAACAUUACC